AUGGCCUUGUCGAAACAGUCAUCUAGUGGUGUCUGGUAUCACAACUUCGGUUAUUCUCGAGACAGUCCUUCUCCGACGGGGGCUGACCAGCUGUCCUGGCCGAUGGCUGCCCGGACCGCUAUGGGCAUGAGUAUGUUUUCGAUGUUGGCCAUGGAACUAGCUGAAAAUGCAGUUGACUAUCAUCUGACCGGUGGGAUAGUUGCGUUGGGAGAUCCGAAGUUCUGGAUGGCAGCGGUGGUAUCGGUCGGUGCUGGCUAUCUGGCACCGUUGCCAUAUAACUACCUGCGUCUUCGGAAAUAUGGAAAAUCAUGUCACUGA